AUCAUUUAUGUGCAAUUUUUUAUUGGCAGAAUUGAGUCGUAUUGUAGAAGAUGUGUACUCUGAUUUUGUUGAGCUUCUAGUGAGUAAAUAUUUGCUGAAACUCCAGCCUGACGCUGCUUGUAUUGCUAAAGAAAGUACUCCAAUAUUCAAGCAUCUGUCUGGACCUUGUCAAAUAAUUCAAACAAAUCUUCAGGAGAUUGAUCUGUUUGAUCUUCGAACAAUACGUUUUCUUCUUGAAUCUGCUGAUAGCUAUGUACAACUUUUGGGAAUCAAACUACUCCAACAGUUGUUCUCUGAAGGUUUCGUUUCCGAAGUUAAGGGUACUCUAAAAUCUUUUGUUGUUGAUGUUGUUCCUCCACUAACACAUAUUACAUGGAAAAUGGAUUCACCAGAGGUCCAGUUUGAAGGUGCUUGUGCUCUCAUACUCAUCAUAUCUCACAUCAUAUCUCACUACUUGAUGAAACCUUCAUCGGUGAUCAAGUAUGGCCUGGUGGAACCUCUUUUAAAGCUUCUGGAAAUCGAUGGAGUUUGUGAGCAGGCUAUGGAGGAAUUGCAAAAAGUUGCUUUCAACCCUGUAAGUCGUAAUUAUGCUCUCAAGUGUGGGGCCUGGCUCGUUUUGCUGGAUAAAUUGAGCACUAGCAACGAUUCAAUACUGAGAAAACUCACGUUGACUAUAUCAAAGUUUUGUGGAGGAGUUAUAAAACCUCUUUUUAGUCAGGUGAUAUUCGCAAUCAAACCUCUUUGUGAGCUUGCCAAUGUAAAUGAUGAUGAAGUGAUUCUAGAAAAUGCAUGCAGUGCGUUAUGUUUGAUUUCUGGUUUGUUAGAUACAUCCGACAGUGCAAGCAUAGUUAUUUGCAGUGCAGCAAGUAUUGACCGUUGUACUGUAAGCCAAAGGGAGAUUAAUGAUGCCUUCUAUGCUGCGAAUGUUCUUCCGGUGCUAGUUAAGCUCCUCAACAAAUAUAGCUCGCAUUCAAUAAUCUCCCCUGCCAUCCGUACAGUUGCACACAUUAUUGCAGAUGAUGAAAAGAAGAUUUACAUACCUGAGGGAAGAAAGUUUGGCCCACCCUUGUAAAAUAGCCAUUGCCUUAAAUUGAUUUGCUGGAGAUGGUCAUUUAUUUUUCUUUCUUUG